AUGGUCCUGGCUUUCCAGUUAGUCUCCUUCACCUACGUCUGGAUCAUAUUGAUACCAAAUGUUUGUGCUGCUUCUAACGUCAAGAUGACACACCAGCGGUGCUCCUCUUCAAUGAAACAAACCUGCAAACAACAAACUAGAAUGAAGAAAGAUGACAGUACCAAAGUGCGGCCUCAGAAAUAUGAGCAACUUCUCCAUAUAGAGGACAACGAUUUCGCAAUAAGACCUGGAUUUGGAGGGUCCCCAGUGCCAGUAGGUAUAGAUGUCCAUGUUGAAAGCAUUGACAGCAUUUCAGAGACUAACAUGGACUUUACAAUGACUUUUUAUCUCAGGCAUUACUGGAAAGACGAGAGGCUCUCCUUUCCUAGCACAGCAAACAAAAGCAUGACAUUUGAUCAUAGAUUGACCAGAAAGAUCUGGGUGCCUGAUAUCUUUUUUGUCCACUCGAAAAGAUCCUUCAUCCAUGAUACAACUAUGGAGAAUAUCAUGCUGCGCGUACACCCUGAUGGAAACGUCCUCCUAAGUCUCAGGAUAACGGUUUCAGCCAUGUGCUUUAUGGAUUUCAGCAGGUUUCCUCUUGACACUCAAAAUUGUUCUCUUGAACUGGAAAGCUAUGCCUACAAUGAGGACGACCUAAUGCUAUACUGGAAACACGGAAACAAGUCCUUAAAUACUGAAGAGCAUAUGUCCCUUUCUCAGUUCUUCAUUGAAGACUUCAGUGCAUCCAGUGGAUUAGCUUUCUAUAGCAGCACAGGUUGGUACAAUAGGCUUUUCAUCAACUUUGUGCUAAGGAGGCAUGUUUUCUUCUUUGUGCUGCAAACCUAUUUCCCAGCCAUAUUGAUGGUGAUGCUUUCAUGGGUUUCAUUUUGGAUUGACCGAAGAGCUGUUGCUGCAAGAGUUUCCCUGGGAAUCACCACAGUGCUGACCAUGUCCACAAUCAUCACUGCUGUGAGCGCCUCCAUGCCCCAGGUGUCCUACCUCAAGGCUGUGGAUGUGUACCUGUGGGUCAGCUCCCUCUUUGUGUUCCUGUCAGUCAUUGAGUACGCAGCUGUGAACUACCUCACCACAGUGGAAGAGCGGAAACAAUUCAAGAAGACAGGAAAGAUUUCUAGGAUGUACAAUAUUGAUGCAGUUCAAGCCAUGGCCUUCGAUGGUUGUUACCAUGACAGCGAGACUGACAUGGACCAGACUUCCCUCUCUCUAAACUCAGAAGACUUCAUGAGAAGAAAAUCGAUAUGCAGCCCCAGCACUGAUUCAUCUCGGAUAAAGAGAAGAAAAUCCCUAGGAGGACAUGUUGGUAGAAUCAUUCUGGAAAACAACCAUGUCAUUGACACCUAUUCUAGGAUUUUAUUCCCCAUUGUGUAUAUUUUAUUUAAUUUGUUUUACUGGGGUGUAUAUGUAUGA